CCCAACUGUACUGAGACCGUUUUUUUGGGAGCGACAGACGGCGAUGGGAGUGGUCAGCAUGACACAGCGGAAGAAGAUUCUGUACGGACUUUUCGGCAUCAUCGUGGGACUCUGUAUCGGUGCCUUGCUACGCAACUAUCGCACACUAGAGAUUGUCAGCAUGUGCAACACCAUCAAUAGCAUCAAGCAAAAAUCGGCCUUGGACAUCAUUGGGUUGCAGCCAUCCGAGCUGCCCACCAACUCGCAGAACAACCUCGUAUUUGUCGGCGUGAUGACGGCGAAGGACUUCCUGCAGGGACGGGCCCGGGCCGUGUACGAAACGUGGGGUAAACGAGUGCCGGGAAAGAUUGCGUUCUUCAGCUCGCAGGACUCGGUCGCACCGGACCUUCCACUAGUCGCGCUGAAGGGUGUGGACGACCGGUACCCACCGCAGAAGAAGAGCUUCAUGAUGCUACACUACAUGUACGAGCACUAUAUCGAUCGGUUCGAAUGGUUUGCCCGGGCCGACGACGAUGUGUACAUACGGACGGACCGGUUGGAAAAGUUUCUGCGCUCGAUCGACAGCUCGAAGCCCCAGUUUAUCGGGCAGGCCGGGCGCGGCAACAGCGAAGACUUUGGCCUGUUGUCGCUCGAGUUCGACGAGAACUUCUGCAUGGGUGGACCGGGCGUGAUCAUGAGCCGCGAAACGUUACGCCGUGUCGCACCGCAUAUUCCCACCUGUCUGAAGAAUCUCUACAGCACGCACGAGGACGUCGAGGUGGGCCGGUGCGUGCAGAAGUUUGCCGGCAUUCCGUGCACGUGGAACUAUGAGAUGCAGUCCAUCCUGCACCACAACUCGAGCGGCAACCGAGCCUUCUCGGGUAAUCUGAAGAGCAAGGAAGUGCACAAUGCGAUCACGCUGCAUCCGGUAAAGAAACCGGCCUUCAUGUACCGACUGCACGCAUACAUGCUUGGCCUGCAGGCACAGGAGUUGCGCCAAGAGUCACUGCUGUUACACCGCGACAUCGCCCAGAUGACGACACUGUUGCAGAUACCGCGCAUCAACAAAAACCUGGCGCCUGGUGUGCCGAUCUUUCCCGAAGACGAAAGCAGCACAGGAUAUCUCGGCGAUCAUAAUGUGCUCGGUGCAACUCCAGAUCUGAACCGGCACCGGCCACGCACACUGGAGGAGGUGAUCGAGUGGGAUUUUAUAGCGAAGAGCCUCUACUCGGGCAUGCACCCGAACCCGAAGCGUCGUACGGAGUCGUCGCUCAAGGAGGGCCUAACCGACGUGGUGCGGGAGAUCAUGGAGCAUAUCAACAACUUUUCGCGACAGCGAGGCCGUGUGAUCGAGUUCCGGGAACUGCUGUACGGGUACAUGCGCGUCAACAGCUUGUACGGGCAGGACCUGAUACUGGAUCUGCUGCUGGUGUACAAGAAGUAUCGGGGCAAGAAGAUGACCGUGCCGGUACGGCGCCAUCUUUACAUACAGCGCUCGUUCACGGAAAUACGCGUGCGGGAGAUUGUCGACGGUGUGGUGCCUAGUCAUGCGGUGACGACCAGUCCACGGGCGUCACCAAUCACCGACGCCACGCGACACAUGAGCAAUGCGACAGGACUCGAUCGUAUCUCACAUCGGGUGAAAUCACUAUUGAACGGGCUUGAGCGGUUAACGGAUACGCUCGCAAACAACGGGCUGUCUCCUAGUGCCGGGACACGUCGAGAUCGGAUAGUGCUUGUGAUACCACUGUCCGGACGCUCCGAAACGUUUAUGCGCUUUUUGCGCAACUUCGAGGAGGUCGCACUGCGACAAGACGGUGCCACCGAUCUGCUGGUAUCGAUGUACGUGGAACCCGUCGAGACGCCGAUGAUUGUUGCGCUGCUGGACAACCUGAAAGCACGCUACCCGUACAGCCGCAUCAACUACCUGCAGUUGUACGGGAACUUUUCGCGCGGCGUUGCGCUGGAUCGGGCCAUCAAGUCGCCCUACUGCAACCCGGAAGACAUCCUCUUCAUGAUCGACGUGGACAUGGUGUUUACGGUGCAGUCGCUCGAUCGCAUCCGGCACAAUGUGAUCCGCCACCGUCAGAUCUAUCUGCCGAUUGUGUUCAGCGAGUACGAUCCGCGCGCACCGAGCACAAUACUUUCGCCCGGCUGGGCCCCACCCACAACCGAGCGUCCGAAGACGGCCAGCGAUUCGGAUCGGCCGCGCAACUUCUCCGUCCCGUACCGGAUCACGAACGACAAUGGGUACUUCCGGCAGUUCGGCUACGGGCUGGUCGGCAUCUACAAGGCGGACCUUCUACGACCGGACCUAAAAGGCUUCAGCACCGACAUUACCGGCUGGGGUUUGGAGGACGUGAAGUUUCUCGAGAACGUGAUUGCGCUCAACCAGCGCGGUAACCAGCGGCUGCAGGCGAUCGCCGACGGUCGUUGGGAUCCGUUCGUGGCUACGCCGCCCGCCGCACCGCUUCCGCCACCGCCGAGCGAGGAGCUCAGCAUCUUCCGGGCGCCCGAUCCGUCGCUGGUGCACAUCUUCCACCCCAUACAUUGUGAUACGAGCCUGGAGGAGGCCCAGUACAAGAUGUGUCUCGGCACCAAAGCCAACACGAUCGGCAGCUUUAGCGUGCUGCACGACCGGUUCACCCACAGCCAGGCACUGCUGAUGUUUGCCCGCACCCACAGCCAAAACCGUGGCACCGGAUAG